UGUCGUCAUGUACUAAAACGUCGUCCAGAUUAUUGCCUACUUCAAAAGGCUUUCAAUAACCUGCCAUGGAAUCUGCAGCAUCAAAUAUGUCAGGCAAGAUUGUCCUAGGAACAUAUUCCAGGAUCACUCAUUUUCCUCACUCGGCAUUCCUAGCAAUAAGCAUUUAUACAUGCGGUGCAUCUAUAUUGAACCAAGCUCUCCUACUAACUGCAGGGCAUUGCCUUUAUGAACAUUCAGACCCACGUGGAUACACAGUUUUUGUCGGCCAUAGACAGAGACAAAAAGGAAGUCGCUACAGAGUUCUAAAUUUGACUUAUCAUGAACAUUAUGAUAACAGGCGUGUUCAUAAUGAUAUAGGUUUGUUGAGGUUGAAGAAGAAUUUGCAAUUCGGAUGGAACGUUGGUAGAGUACUUUUGAUGCCUAAUCCUCCUUAUAAUGAGAAGGCAGUCGUUGCUGGAUGGGGUGUAACAGAGGAAGAUGGCGACACUGUCAGCGAUUUCCUCAAACACGUGACCCAGAAGAUAUAUAAGCGCAAAGCCUGCCGACGUAUUGGCUUGAAACGUGUGCCUUUAGGGACUAUUUGUGGCGAACAUCGACACAGAAAGGGACAUCCUGAGGAGGGUGACUCAGGCAGCGCUUUAGUAGUUCGUGGCUACAUUCAACUUGGGAUUGUGUCAUACAACCGACCCGACGUUUCAAGCACUAACACGGUUUAUACGGACACGGGUUAUUUCUUUGAAUGGAUAAAACAAAACGCUAGGAGCUUGUAUUGCAGCAGCCAAAUGGAAUGGGUAAAUGAGUCCAAUGAUAAAAAUUAUAUAUGGGUUUAUAAUAAAGUUUAAUAAAGAAUAGAAGUAGUUA